AUGGCGGUGCAAGUUUUUGUCUUCUAUUUUAUUUUCAUUAUUCACAUUACUUCAGCAGUUGAUGAGUUUGUCUGUCCGAAAGAUGGCCGAUGGCCAAAUCCGACAGAUUGUGAAAAAUAUUAUACUUGUAAUUCAGGUAUCAAUAUUGAAGGAUGGUGCGGCACUGGUAUGACCUAUGAUCCCAAUCAUCAACGAUGCGAUUUGUCGAAAAAUAUCGAAUGUAAAAAUGGUGAACGACCAACUUGGACACCACCGGAAGGAUGGUUACAAAGUGAAAGUGUCACAAAUUAUGUUGUAACAAAAACAACGACAGUGUCUUCGCAUGAUGACAAUGAGGAGGAGGAGUUUGAAGUAAAGAAAAAGACGCGAACGUCAAGCAACCGUAAAACGACGACGAUGACGACGAUGAAGAAGGCUUCAACGAAAUUAGCACGAAAUCGAGUGACUGUGUCCAUGCCGGAACUAAUGGAAAAUAGUGAUUGUAUAUUUCAAGGCAAUAUGCCUGAUCCUGAUAAUUGCCAAUCCUAUUAUUCAUGUCGAGACGAUGUUGUAAAACGUAUGCACUGCCCAGAGAAACAACUAUUCGAUGAAGAUACUCGACUAUGUAAUGAUUAUAGAAAAGUUUUUUGUGCAAAUCGACCGGUCAACGAACGUGACAUCGAUCCAUGUUUGACUCAACAAAAUGGCUGGUAUGCUGAUAAUGAAAAUCAAUGCCGAUCCUAUUAUCUAUGUACAGACCAACGAAAGAGUAAGAUGGGUGAAUGUCCCAUGGGUUCGAAAUGGCAUUCACAAAAACUCCGAUGUGAUGAUCCAAAAACUAUUCCGGCACCAUGCGGACUUCGUGCUAAUAAUGCAAUUUCAUUAUUUCCUCAAUAUUAUUCAAUUGUUGCAAUAAGUUUUUCUAUUUUUUUCUUUUGA